AUGGCUCCCACCAAGGACCGCAAGGAGUCCAAGUUCUCCCAUCUACCUCUGAGCACCAGCGGUCCCAUCAGCUGCGCCGUCACAGGCAGCGCGCUGCUGAACACCCCGUACCUCAACAAGGGGACGGCCUUCCCCGAGGACGAGCGCCGCGAGUUCAACCUCACCGGCCUGCUUCCCCAGAGCAUCCACUCCCUCGAUCAGCAGCUGCAUCGCGCCUAUGAGCAGUACAAGAGCCGCCAGGAUGAUCUUGCCAAGAAUACCUUUCUGACGUCGUUGAAGGAGCAGAAUGAGGUGCUGUACUACCGGUUGUUGCAAGAGCAUCUUCCGGAAAUGUUCAGUAUCGUGUACACGCCCACCGAAGGAGACGCCAUUCAGAACUUCUCGAGGCUUUUCAGAAGGCCCGAUGGCUGCUUUUUGAACAUUAAUGAUAUAGAUCGUGUCUAUCAUGAUCUCGCUCAGUGGGGGCGACCAGAAGAUAUUGACUACAUUGUCGUUACCGGCAUGUCUCCCUAUUUCGCCUCUGCCCCUUAUGGAGAAAAGAUCCUGGGUAUCGGGGACCAAGGUGUCGGUGGUGUCUUGAUCUCCGUGGCGAAGCUCGUUCUCACAACUCUGUGCGCUGGCGUUCAUCCCAAUCGGACUUUGCCUGUGGUGCUCGACUGCGGUACCGAUAAUGAGGAGCUCUUGAAUGAUGAUUUGUACCUGGGACUUCGACAGAAGCGUGUGCGGGGACACAAGUAUGACCGCUUCGUUGACGAGUUCGUCAAGGCUGCCAGGAGGCUGUAUCCCCGCGCUUACAUCCAUUUCGAGGACUUUGGUCUCACCAAUGCCAGAAGGAUUUUGGAUCAGUAUCGUCCCCACAUUCCCUGUUUCAACGAUGAUGUGCAGGGAACGGGAUGCGUCACUUUAGCGGCCAUCACGGCUGCUUUACACGUGAGCAAGCAGAAACUCACUGACCUGCGCCUGGUCAUCUUUGGUGCCGGUUCAGCUGGCGUCGGAAUCGCGGACCAAGUGAGAGACGCCAUUGCCGCCGAAGGAAACAUGAGCAAGGAGGAUGCUUCCAAGCAGAUCUGGUUGAUCGACAAGCCCGGCCUCUUGACCACCGACAGCGAGGUAUCCGCCGCUCAAAAGGGCUUCGCUAAGGACCCUUCAGACUGGAAAGAUACGGACACGUCUCUCCUCUCGGUCAUCAAGAGCGUGAAGCCCAACGUCCUCAUCGGGACCUCGACGAAGCCCAAGGCCUUUACGGAAGAAAUUGUCCGGGCCAUGGCCGACGGCGUCGAGCGGCCCAUCAUCCUCCCGCUCUCCAACCCAACCCGUCUUCACGAGGCCGUGCCUGAGGACAUUUACAAAUGGACCGACGGCAAGGCUCUGGUUGCGACGGGAUCCCCCUUCAAACCGGUCAAGGGCCCAUGGGGCGAAGGCGGCAAGGAGAUUGAGAUCGAGGUCGCAGAGUGCAACAACUCGGUCGUCUUUCCCGGCAUCGGCCUCGGCUCCGUGCUCUGCCGCGCUAGUCUGGUGACGGAUAAGAUGCUCGUUGCGGCUGUGGAGGGUGUCGCGUCGCUGAGUCCCGCACUCAAGGACCAGACGGCACCACUACUGCCUGGUGUUGACAUCGUCAGGGACGUGAGCGUCAGGGUCGCGCGAGCUGUAAUCAAGGCAGCUGUCAAGGAGGACGUGGCGACGGAGGAGGGGAUCCCGGAGGGGGACGAGGAUUUGGACGAGUGGAUCCGGGAGCAGAUGUGGUCGCCCGAGUACCGCCCGCUCAAGCUUGUUGAGUUUAGUGAGGCGAGUAGGGAGGCCAAGGGGGAGAUGAAGGUUGCUGGGAGCUUUAGCAGAGUUGGGAGCUGGUAG